AUGGCCGGGAAUCAGGCAGAACGCGACAUCGAGCUUAACAUCCUGAACUUCAAGGAGGACUACAGCCUGGCAAACGGCGAAUCCUACCUGACCAGGGAGCCCACCUACGAGAUGCCCCGCAGGCUGUCGAAGGCCGGCCCGGACAGGUGGCGCCGCUGGGUAGACUCGUUCCGCCGGGACCCUCAUAGCAGGAUGACCCCCAAGAACGCCUUUACCGCCAACCCGGGCUGGCCCCGCCUGGGUCAUGGCAGCGGCCCCGCCGGCCCGGACGAUGAGGACGACGACGACGAUGGCCACCAUCCCGGCCGCAACUACUACGACGUCCGCGCGGCUAACUACCGCACCGCGCACUCGCUGCUCGCGAGGGAGCUGAAAGGGAGGCAUCUGCAAAUGAUUGCCAUAGGUGGCUCCAUCGGAACCGGGCUGUUCAUAUCCUCUGGAUCCGCUCUAAAUACUGGCGGACCUGCAUCGGUUUUGCUCGCCUACAUGAUUAUCGGGUUAAUGCUCUACUGCGUGAUGCAGGCUCUGGGCGAGCUUGCCGUCGUAUUCCCUAUCGCUGGAUCAUUCUCUGCCUACUCAACCAGGUUCCUGGACCCGGCAUGGGGCUUUGCCAUGGGAUGGAACUAUGCCCUCCAAUGGUUAAUAGUGUUACCAUUGGAAAUAAUAGCGGCGUCCAUCACAAUAUCCUAUUGGAACGCUGGCAUCAACAAGGCCGUGUUUGUAACUGUCUUCCUCGCCGUCAUUAUAGCUAUCAAUCUGUGUGGCGUCAAAGGCUACGGUGAAGCCGAGUUUAUCUUCGCCAUAGUCAAAGUGACGGCUGUCAUAGGCUUCAUCUUACUCGGAGUUGUCAUCAACAUUGGCGGCACUCAGGACAGUGGCUACAUAGGUGGUAGCUACUGGCAGAACCCAGGCUCGUUCAACAACGGCUUCAAAGGGCUCUGCAGCGUCUUCGUGACCGCCGCCUUUGCCUUCGCCGGCACCGAGAUGGUCGGUCUCGCGGCGGCGGAGACGGCCAACCCGCGCAAGUCGCUGCCGACGGCCAUCAAGCAGGUUUUCUGGCGCAUCAGCCUCUUUUACAUCCUGGCGCUGACGCUCGUCGGGCUGCUGGUCCCAUACGACGACGAGAGGCUCCUGGGAGCCAAGUCCGUGGCCGACACGAGUGCUAGUCCCUUCGUGAUCGCCAUCCAAGACGCGGGCAUCCAGGUUCUUCCUAGCGUGAUGAACGUGGUGAUCCUCGUGGCGGUGAUGAGCGUGGGCAACUCGUCCGUGUUCGGCUCGAGUCGCACGCUGGCGGCGUUGGCGGAUCAGGGCCAGGCGCCGGCAUGGCUGUCGUACAUCGACCGGCGCGGACGGCCGCUGAUGGCCAUCCUGUGCGCGUCGCUGUUCGGCUUCCUCGCGUACCUGGCCGACAUCCCGCAGCAGGGCGAGGUGCUCAACUGGCUCCUUGCCAUCUCCGCGCUGUCGUCCAUCUUCACGUGGGGGUCCAUCUGCCUGGCGCACAUCCGCUUCCGCAUGGCGUGGCGCGCCCACGGCCGCUCGCUCGACGAGCUCGCCUUCCGCGCCCAGGCCGGCGUUGCCGGCUCCUGGGUCGGCCUUACCCUCAACAUCCUCAUCCUCGCCGCCCAGUUCUGGACGGGGGCCUGGCCAGUUAACUACGGCGAGUACAGCGUCCAGGCCAACGUGCAGACCUUCUUCCUCAACUACACCGCCGCCCCCGUCGUCAUCAUCAUGUACGUCGGCUACAAGCUGUGGUUCCGCACGCGCAUCGUGCGCAACAGCGAGAUGGACAUCGACACCGGCCGGCGCGACUUCAACCUCUCAGUGCUGCUGGCGCAGGAGAUGGAGGAGAAGCGCAGCUGGCCCAAGUGGAAGAAGUGGUAUAAAUUCUUUUGUUGA